AUGCCCAAAGCCCCCGGAGGAGACGCGCGUCAAAUGAGACGUCACAACCCAUUGUCGGAAGACUACGCACCCUCGAAUCCGCACAAGCAAAAGGCACCAAAGAGGAAAGGCCGCUCCAACGCCGGCGACGACGACAAUGAGCAACAAGCAUACAUCGACUCGAAAGCGUCAAGGAAGAUUAUCGCUCUAGGACAGGACUUGACCGCCGAAGAGGACGCAGAGCUCGAAGCGCUCAGGCCGCAAAAUGGAACGAAAUCAGCUUUCGAGUUUGAGAGAAGUCUGCGCGACGAGGAGGAUUCUGAUGAAGAGGCUGGUGUGCCAGAAGACGACGAGGCAUGGGGAGACGAGGAAGAUGAGGAGGUAGAAGAGGUCGAAGUGGACCCCGAGGAUCUGGCCAUGUUCAACAAGUUCAACCCCGAGUUCGACCCUGCGACGCUGCUGGCACCGCAGUCGGCAGACGACCAAGGAGAGAGCACCAACCUCGCAGACUUGAUUUUGGAGAAGAUUGCUCAACACGAGGCCAGUCAGGCCCAAGGGCACAUCAUCCGUGGCGGUGGUGCUCCCGAGGAUGCCAUUGAGCUGCCAGCAAAGGUCGUCGAGGUCUACACCCAGUACGUCUGA